AUGAUUCUUAUUUCAGAGAAAAACUCUGAGAAAGGCCUAUGCAACUCUCUGCCGCCAGUCCUGCAGCUGCCGCAGCAGCAGCAGCAGCAGCAGCAGCAGCAGCAGCAGCAACAGCAACUGCAGCAGCAACAACAGCAGCUACAACAGCAACAGCAGCAACAAGAACAGCAGCAGCAAUUCAACUUUAAAUAUAGAAGAGAACUACCACAUCCUAUUGCUCGUGUUGCUGCACUACAAGAAAAACUGCUGCAACUCAUCACCACAAAAACUCAACAAAAAACACCAGAAAAUCUUCCCCCCGUCACCGCCGUCACUGCGUUUCUAUCAACUGUUAAAAAAACCACACAAACUGCCACCAAUACUGCAACGACCCUGGAGGAGGCGAAGUCUGCGUGCGAUGAGUUGCUGCAGCUGCUGAGUGCUGAGUCUGAGUCUCGUCGAGCUUUUUGUUUUGCUGAGGUUUAUGCACUCUAUGUACUCAUCAAGGAAGAAACGGCGGCUCCUGCUGCUGCUCCUCCUGCUGCUGCUGCAGCAGCAACUGCUGCUGCUGAUACAGAGGCAGAGACAAAGCCCACUGCGGCAACAGCACCCCAGCGGGUUACCGAACCCGACAUCAGUAACAACCCUACUCACGCUACCUCAGCUGAGGUUUAUGCACUCUAUGUACUCAUCAAGGAAGAAACGGCGGCUCCUGCUGCUGCUCCUGCUGCUGCUGCUGCUGCAGCAACUGCUGCUGCUGACACAGAGGCAGAGACAAAGCCCACUGCGGCAACAGCACCCCAGCGGGUUACCGAACCCGACAUCAGCAACAACCCUACUCACGCCAGCAGCAGCAGCAGCAGCACCGGCAGCAGCCUGGGUAGUGCAGACUAUGGGAUAGGAACGAGGAGAGGAAGCGGUAGCCAGCAGCAGCAGCAGCAGCACGCUGCAUCCCCGCCUCCUCAGCAGGAGCAGGAACAGCAGCAGCAGCAGCAGCAGCAACAGCAGCAGCAGGGAGGCCGUUUAUCAUUGAACUUGCUGCCUCGUCUGGGGGGUGGAGAUCAUGGUGAGGGCGCGAGGGGAUACAUUGGCAAUGCAAUAAAGCGGCUGAGGAAUGCAAGCGUGGGGGAGGGUUGUCCCCCUCCUACCGACAGCGAAGCAGCAGCAGCCGCAGCAGCAGCAGCAUCAACAGCAGCAGCAACAGCAGCAGCAACAGGAGCAGCAGGAGGAACAACGUUGCUACGUGAACUGCAGCAGCAACAGCAGCAACAGCAGCAGCAACAGGAGCAGCAGGAGGAACAACGUUGCUACGUGAACUGCAGCAGCAACCGGGGGAUAAUGUGCCUCUGCUGCAGCCCAAGACGGAGCAAGAACCAUGGAAGCAGAAGCUGCUUGCUGCUGUAUCGAGGGAGCGUACAGAGGAGCUGCGUGUAUUAUUAA